AUGGACAUGCCAUCAUCUUCCGGAGGGCCCUCCUCCCCGCUGGCCCGAGUCGGCGGUGCAGAGUCCCGCCAACUUUUCGACCCGCUUGCAUUCGACGCUGGUCAGCAGAAUGGCGGUGCUAAUGCCAAUGGCUUCUCGAUUGGUCGCGAUGGUCGAUCCGCCUCUUCUGCGUUUGCGGGCGACGAUGACGCCAUGUCUGCGAUGAACAAUGGCUCUGCUGCUCGACGCGUCAACGGCGAAUCGUUGGACUAUGAAGAGACGCCCGCUCCCAACAGGAACGCCAGACCGAAUCUUAGGCAAGAGGAUGACGCCCCUCCCGUCACUGACGAGACUGGCGAGCGAGUGCGGGAAGGCUUUGCAGACUUUCUGGAGACGUGAGUGGUUGGCACAUGCGCUCGUGUGUCUGCGUCCAUAUCCCGCUCAUCUUUGUUUCUUCCACCACCUCGCACAGCUACGUCGACAACACUCUCGCCGACGUCACUCCCAUCAAUGGUCAGCAGCCACCGACCUACGUCGAGCAGCUCUUUGCCCUCAAGGACUACAACCGCACGACGCUCUUCGUGGACUUCACUCACGUGCUUAGACAUGAAGAGGUCUUGGCCAAGGCCAUCAGCGACCAAUACUAUCGGUGAGCUUUGACUUUGAGGAUGUAUUGAAUUGAUCGGCAUUCGAAUUUGGCUUACCGGAUUUGCGCGAUCCACGCAGCUUCCUGCCGUACCUCAGACGUGCGCUGCUCGAUCUCGUCAGCGCAUACAUCCCGACAUACCUGUACCUCAACUCUCACGCAGCUUCGACAGCCUCUUCCGGUCUUGUCCCCCGCGACUUCUCCAUCUCCUUCUACAAUCUCCACUUGACCAUGGGUAUCCGAGACCUUCGCACAGACAAAGUCGGUCGUCUUUUGUCCAUUUCUGGCACCGUCACUCGCACCUCCGAAGUUCGGCCCGAGCUACUCUACGGCGCGUUCACGUGUAGGAGCUGCAGAGCGCAGGUACGGGAUGUCGAGCAGCAGUUCAAGUACACUGAGCCUCCGCUUUGCAAGAGUCCAAAUUGCGCCAACAGAAAGGACUGGCAGCUCGACGUCGACCAAAGCAGAUUCACCGAUUGGCAAAAAGUUCGCAUUCAAGAGAAUGCCAACGAGAUUCCAACUGGCUCUAUGCCCCGAUCGUGAGUCGCUAUCAAGUAUGCCUAUCGCUCCCAAAGUGCAGCGCUGACGCCCCCCCUAUGUAGCCUCGACGUCAUACUGCGAGGAGAGAUUGUCGAACGGGCCAAGGCCGGUGACAAGUGCACCUUCACUGGAUCCUUCAUCGUCGUGCCAGAUGUAUCUCAGCUGGGCGUUCCAGGUGUCAACGCGCAAAUGCAGCGCGAGAGCCGAGGCAGAGCACAAGAAGGCGUUGCUAAUCAGGGCAUCACCGGUUUGAAGAGCCUCGGAGUGCGAGACCUGACGUACAAGACAGCCUUCCUGGCCUGCAUGGUCCAGAGCGGCGAAGAGCGGAAGGGCGGAGACGUCCGCGAGGAGGGCGAAGAGGCCGAUCCUGAAAGGCUUAUGGACACGCUCACUAACGCUGAGCGCGACGAGCUCGAAGCUAUGGUCACUGCCGACAACAUUUACGGACGCCUCGUCCAGAGCAUCGCGCCGACCGUCUAUGGUGAGCUAAAAGCAGCACUGUCGCUUCGAGGUUGGAAGCUGACAUAGCCAAGUUGGUUACUCGUAGGUCAUGACAUCGUCAAGAAGGGUAUCCUUCUGCAGCUCAUGGGUGGUGUGCACAAGCAGACGCAAGAAGGUAUCCAUCUGCGAGGAGAUAUCAAUAUCUGCAUCGUCGGCGAUCCUUCGACGAGCAAGUCCCAAUUCCUCAAGUGAGUGGAGCUUGCGAGGCGUCCGCGUUUCGAUUCCCUCGCUGACUAAAUGACCGUCCAUAGAUACGUAUGCGGCUUCCUGCCUCGUGCUGUAUACACGUCAGGUAAAGCGUCGUCUGCUGCUGGUUUGACGGCUGCCGUCGUCAAGGACGAAGAGACUGGAGAGUUCACAAUCGAAGCCGGAGCUCUCAUGCUCGCUGAUAAUGGGAUCUGCGCCAUUGACGAGUUCGACAAGAUGGACGUGAGCGAUCAAGUAGCCAUCCACGAAGCUAUGGAACAGCAGACAAUCUCCAUCGCCAAGGCCGGACUACAAGCCACUCUCAACGCUCGCACUUCGAUUUUGGCCGCAGCUAAUCCGGUCGGCGGACGCUACAACCGCAAGAUGACACUGAGAGCAAAUGUCGCAAUGUCUGCGCCGAUUAUGAGUCGUUUCGAUCUCUUCUUUGUUGUGCUGGACGAAUGCAACGAGGCUACGGAUCUCAACAUUGCACAGCACAUCAUCAAUGUACACCGCUUCCGUGACGCAGCAAUCACUCCAGAAUUCAGCACCGAGGCUAUUCAGCGUUACAUUCGUUUCGCCAGAACCUUCCAGCCAAAGCUGACCCCGGAAGCAAGCGACGUUCUAGUGGAGAAAUACAGACAGCUGAGGCAGGAUGACGCGGGAGCUGGUAAGAACUCUUACCGGAUCACGGUCCGCCAAUUGGAGAGUAUGAUUCGACUUUCCGAAGCUAUCGCCAGGGCGCACUGCAGGCAAGAGAUCACGCCCGCAUUUGUCAGGGAAGCGUACGCCUUGCUCCGACAGUCCAUCAUCCAUGUUGAGAAGGACGACGUGGACUUUGACGAUGAUUUGGAAGCCGACGAGGCGCGUGCUCCUGCGGCGGCUGGACAAUCCACCACGGAAGCUACAUCGAGCCUCGGCGGCCUCGGAGAGUCUAUGGAGGUGGAUGCUGAUGGAGCCGCAUCGACCGCAGCCGAAAACACGAGGUCAUCUACGGCGCCCGCACCCACGCAGAGGUCCAAGCUGAGAAUCACGUUCGACAAGUACAACGAGAUGUUGAAUCUUUUGGUUUUGCGCGUUGCUGAAGUCGAGUCGAUCCCUGGAUCUGAUGGAGCAAAGAGAUCAGAAGUCGUCGAAUGGUACUUGGAACAGCGGGAGAGCGAGAUCGAGACGGUGGAACAGCUGAAUGAGGAGAGGACGCUGGUGACCAAGGUGCUGGCUCGUCUGGUUAGGGACCAAUACCUGCUGGAAAUUAGAGGACCGCAGCCUGGAGACGAUGACGAAGAGAGCUUGCCCGCGCAAGCUGACGGCUCGGCCAGCACGGCAACUCAGGAAGAUCCUCUGCUCCUCACACACCCUAGAAUCGACAUCGAGAGCUUGGAAAACUCCAUUGCGUAG